AUGGGUGGCCCAGCAAGGGCUCUUCUUGGUGGGUUCGGAACUACCACAUCAUCCUUGGAGGUCGCGGGUCAGAUGGCUUGGCCAAGCAACAACCCCUUGGAUCUCAAUCAAACCCUCUCAUGGGGCAUAGGACUUGGAAGCAGCAGUGGAGGUGGAGGUGCUUCAGGCAUUAGUUUAAGUUUAGAUAAUUCUACAACCCAGGAGUCUGUGAGCAGGGCGGGGAUGAAAGAGAAGAACUGGCCAGCACUACUCAUACUCAUUAUCAUCGCGCUGACGAUUGGCGGAAACAUUCUGGUGAUCCUCGCAGUGUCGCUGGAAAAGAAGCUCCAGAAUGCCACCAACUUUUUUCUGAGGUCACUGGCUGUGGCAGACAUGCUCGUAGGGAUCCUGGUCAUGCCGAUCUCCCUCAUCAACAUCCUCUACGACUACGCCUGGCCUCUUCCCAGCGCUCUGUGUCCGAUCUGGAUCUACUUGGACGUGCUGUUCUCCACUGCCUCCAUCAUGCACCUGUGCGCCAUCUCCCUGGACCGAUAUGUUGCCAUCCGCAACCCCAUAGAGCAUAGUCGCUUCAACUCCAGAACCAAAGCCAUGAUGAAGAUCGCUGCAGUGUGGACCAUAUCUAUAGGCGUAUCAAUGCCAAUUCCAGUAAUUGGCCUCCACAAUGAGCACAAGGUCUUUGUCAACGGCAGCUGUGUCCUCAACGAGGAGCGUUUCAUGCUCAUUGGCUCCUUUGUGGCCUUUUUCAUCCCACUCGUAAUCAUGGUGGUGACAUACUGCCUCACCAUACAGGUGCUACAGAGGCAGGCCACAGUCUUCCUGUAUGAGGCAAAGACUUCUUCCCAGCAGCCUUUGCACACACCAGCAAUGACAAAUACAUUGCAGCCUCCACCCAGCACCUUCCAUCUUCCUCAGAUCAAUACACUUGCUCCUCCAGACUCACAAGAUUUGAAAGUUCCAACUCUUCAAAGCAGACGAAACACCUUGAGCUGCCUGAAAGGCACAGAGCCCAGCAUUCUGCUCAGCGCCUCAACCUCAGAUAGCAUCAGCAUUAUUCCCAGCUCUGAGGUGGCAUCCCAGCUCAGCUCACCAGCAGCUGGACCGGGUCGGAGCGAUACAUCAGGUCAUGGUCGACGGGGGAUGAUGCAGGCCAUAAAAAAUGAGAGGCGGGCCUCAAAGGUUCUGGGAAUUGUAUUCUUCCUCUUCCUCAUCAUGUGGUGUCCCUUCUUUAUCACCAACGUCACCUUCGUCUUGUGUAGUGAUUCCUGCAAUGAGUCGCUGCUCCAUGACCUCCUCAACGUUUUCGUCUGGGUGGGUUACAUCUCCUCUGGAGUCAACCCUCUGGUCUAUACCCUCUUCAAUAAGACCUACAGGAGAGCAUUCUCCAGCUACAUCAGGUGCCAGUAUAAAGUCGGGGCCAAUGCCGCUGGACAGAGUUGUAAAACCCUCCUGGUCCCCCCACCAUGCCCUUCGCACGCCGUCACUCCUCUUCUGAUGGGCAGUCAUGGGAAGGCAGGGGUGGACCGUAACAGUAACUGUCGCAAUGGUGGUAGGGGGGAUAACGGGAGGCUCGCAGUGGACCCAGAGGACACGACAGAUGAUGGGACGCAAAUUGGAAUAACUUCACAGAGCCUCUUGGAGUGCCAGAACAUUUGCAUGCUUUCAGAAACAGAGCCGGAAACAGAGCUGGAGCAAGAGCUGUCACUCAUCAGCUACAGUCCGGCCCCAAGAGAACACACAAGCAGCGUGUGA